AUGGAGAAAAUCAAGGUCUAUGAACUCAGAACUAAAACGGACGCCGAACUGCUGAAACAGCUCGAAGACCUCAAACAGGAGUAUGCAUCCAUGAGGGUGCAGAAAGUAACGGUUACUUCGACGUCAAAACUCUCUCAAAUUGGCGUAAUCAGGAAGGCUAUCGCGAAGGUUCUCACUGUCUACAAUCAACGUAAAAGGGGAGAGGCUAGGAAGCAAUAUAAAAAGCUCUCCGACAUGCCUCUUAAUCUUCGCCCUAAACUAACAAGAGCCAAGAGGAGGGCCCUCACCGCAAAACAGCUUCACCUCAAAACAUUAAAGCAACGCAAGAGAUGUGAAAAUAUCCCCAAGCGCAAGUAUGCCUUGUUGGUAUGA